AUGAUCAAAAGAGUUAGUGCUCACUCCCAAGGUAGCCAACGAACCUCCACUUCAAGGUCAACGUUGAAGGGCCAAUGCCAGGCAUCUGAGCAAAUUUGUGGGCUGACGCCUUCCUCUCCACCAUUGUUGGCCCUUCCUGUUAUCCUGCUUAAGUUGGAGUCCAACUCCCAACGGCUUACGAAACCCUACCUAGUCACGACACCUUCAAGUGAUGAGGUUCGAAGCUCUGAGGAAGAUGUCAACGGCAAAAGUGAAAAACACGGAAGAUAUUAUAUAUUCCGUCGGCAAUAG